AUGCCAUCAAGCGAGCAAACGCCUCCUCCAAGCCCACCACCACCACUACCACCAGCACCAAGACCCCGCUUCGCAGUCCUCCACCAACCAGAGAGGAUCCAGCAUUUCUACUUCCCAGAGGUCACGCCAAGCCCUGCCGAAGCCGAAUCGGGUAGCAGCAGCAGCAGCACCAACCAAGCAGCUACCCAGCCAGACAAGACGGCACCUGCGUCGAUCUCGGCUUCGGCAGGAGAACCGGUGGCCUCUGCAGCCAACCAACCCACCUCCUCCUGGGCUAGCAUCUGUCUGCCUCACCAACGACAGAGUGGCCUCUCGGCAUCAUUGAGGAGGUGGGAUGGGCUGUGA